AUGGCUUGGGCCAUAUGGUCUAACAGAAAUAGUAUUGUGCAUAAGGAUGGUGGUCUUUCUCCUCUCCAAGUUUGGCAUAGAGCAAGAAAUGCUGUGGAAGAAUUUACAUGCUCUGCUAGUUGGGAUUUUGGCUUAGUAAGGCCUGCUUCUUCUAGAUGGAGCCCACCCCCUCCUAGAGUUUUUAAAGUAAAUGUUGAUGGUGCUUCUUCAGAACAAGAAGGUUCUUCCAGUGUGGGUGUUGUUAUUAGAGACGUCAAUGGUCAAGUAGUGGCUGCUCUGUGCUUGCCAUUUCAGUCCUAUUUUUCUGCAGAGCUUUCAAAAGUUUUUGCUUUGGAGCAAGGUGUCCUUUUUGCUCAAGAGCUUCAGCUGCCUUGGAUUAUUUUUGAAUCUGAUGCACUGGCAGUUAUUCAAGCAAUUAACGAUAAAGCUACAGGAAGCAUAUUUGGCCACCUCAUUCAGGGAAUUUAUCAAGUUUGUGAGUCUUUUGAAUCUUGCCAUUUCAAGUACUUAAGUAGAAGUUACAAUUCAGUGGCCUACGAGCUCGCACAGCAUGCUAGAAGAACUGGAAAUUGCCAAAUCUGGAAGGGCGUUGCCCCUCCCUUUGUUCUGUCUUUUCUGCAAUAUGAUAUGCAAUCUGAUCUGUGUAGUUAA